GCUGUCAGGCGGCACGCAGGAGACGUGUGAAUGGGUGUGUUUGAGUGCGCAGGGACGUGUGUCCCUCAGAAGGACCAUGACACUAAAGCCUGUGAUGACCGUUGCUCCUUGGUGACUCCUCCUCAUGCCUAGUCGGGUGCAGAAUGGACGAGAGCACAUUUGAGACGUUUGAGGAAGAGUUUGAGGAACCACAGCAUGAUGUUCCUCACCCAAAACAUCCCAGACAAUCUCGUCGACCGGAAAUGUAUCCACAAAGAAGAGUGAGAGAGGAACCUCUAGUCAUCCAGCAGAUCCCAAAGUCUCUGCCUCGCGAGGCUCCAGUCUCAAGAGGCGUGCCAUUGCGAAAGUCAUUGUCCAUUCAGAGCAUGGCCCAGAUCGAGGUACCAUGGGAGGGAGUGACACUUAACCGCUGCCUCUUCAUAGCCAUCACUAUUCUGGUCCUCAGCUCAGGAUGUCAAAGGCUACACGACUUUCUAAGAGGUCGCAAAGACGGGACGGAUCUAGAGCCCACAGGCGCUGAUCUUAGCGUCAGGCAUGCUGCCGUGAAGAAGUAUCGCGUCCCAGCCCCUGAGCCUGAGACGUCCCUGUGGGACACGUUUCUCUGGUGGGUGGAUGACGAUGAAGAUGACGAUGAAGGAGGAAGCAGACGAGGCAAGUCGAGGAAGGUGACUCGAGAAAAAGCUACUCGUGGUCUCAGACACAAAGCCAUACCAGACCGGAGACUUCUCAAGGGGAGGGAUGGCAGGUUUAAAGCACGGAGAGAUAAGGCAAGGCGAGACGAAGAGGAGAGCCGAGAGGGCGUGAUGGCACAAAGAGAGAAAGUGAAGAGACUCGGAGAGAAGAAACCGGAAGGAGAAGAGAGAGAGGAAAAGGAAGAGAAUGUGGUAAAAAAAAUACAAGGAAGGAGAGGAAGAAGAUAAGAGACUUAGAAAUGGAAGGAAAACUUAAAGCAGGUGUUAUUUGGGUAUAUAGAAGACAGAGAAGAGAGUGACGUGGCUUAACGGUGAAACUUUUAAAGAGGAAUUAAUGCAAUAAAAUGAAAUGAACGCUUCCUCAGAAAGGCAUGAGCACUUAAUUUCAGUGGGUCUGAUUUUUUUUAUUUUUAUGAUAUUUGUGACUGUGUGGUCUUUACUUCGAGAUCUUCAGAUGAUCAUAAAGCUUUCAGUCUUUUAAAAAUCAACUCGUAUGUGGAUGUAAAAUAUUCAGUAAAAAAAAAAAACAAUGGAAAAAUCCUCAUGUUUCACUUUUUGCAAUGUAAUAAAAUUUACCAAGUUGCAUUAAUUUUAUUAGCUAUUUAGUGAUUUUUUUUUUUUUGGUAGAUUAUAUAAAACUGUAUAAAAAAUAAAUACAGUUGAUUAUGGAACAAGCUUCGAUUUUAGGACACGAUUUCUUUUUUUUUAAAUCUAUUUUAUCUUCUUUUAUAAACCGUUUUAUCCGGGUAGAGUUGCCAUGUAUAUGAAAAACAACCCUAAAAACACUAGAUGCAAGGCAAAAGUCACAUACAAAUGCGCACACA